UACAUAUCAUGUUGACGUACAAGUUAAUUUGCUUUAUCCGACAAUGCAUUGUGUUUUUGUACUCAAUUACUGAGAGUAUGCGAGUUGUAAAAAAGAAAAAAAAAUCAUGCACAUUCAGGCAAGCAUUCAAUCGAAUAAGAUCCUUUGGUGAAUUAAAAAAUGAGCAAAUUAAUUUUAGUUCUAUCAUACUUGAUAGCGUGUUUAAUAUUAAACUUAAUUAUGUGCGAUAAUUGCUAUCAGAUCAAUUCACGGCAAUUACCACACUACAAAUUAGUGAAAUCUAACGCCCGUUCGAAUCAAUUGAUACUUUCAAGAAAAAUGGUCCAAAAUGUGAACGAAUGUAGAAACUUUGCUUCGGCCAAAAAAGCUUUGGCGUUUAAUUAUGGUACAGAAAAUGAUGAUCACGAACUGAAUAUUGGCAAUCAGAACAAAAGAAGAACGAGGAGAAUGUGCCAAGCGCUUGAAUGCCCUGAAAUUUACAACUUUACUACACUUGUGAAAGAUAAGAAUUAUAAAUAUUACAGCACAUAUCCAAGCAUUAUACCAACUGGGUCUAACUUUACAUUGGCCUGCAUCCCUAAAGCAGGAAUAUUUGUAUUUUCAAGCAAUAACUUGAAUUACAGCCAAGCACAAACAGCUUGCCAAAAAAUAAAUGCAUCACUUGCUCACAUAAUUAGUGAGGAACGUACCAACGGGGUCGCAAAAUAUAUUUUGCCAAACACUCCUACUUUUGUCGGGCUCAGCAACCGUAAUGAUGAAAAAAUUUGGCAAAACGAAUUUGGUGAAUCGCUUUCAUGUUUUAAUUAUCGAGCAUGGGGAAAAGGACAACCAUCACAUUCAAAGGGAUGUGUCACUCUUGUACAACAAUUAGAAUUUGGAUCUUUUUGGAAUGUUGUUCCUUGUAAUAGCGUGUUAUUUUUCAUCUGUGAAAUUUCGCCAAUGUACAAAUAUUUAUAUAGCCAAAAAACCCAAAAUUCUUAAACAAAUAUUAACUGUAAUUUAAUUAUAUGUACAAAAAUCUAUAGAGUUAAACGUAUUAUUCAUGAAAAAAUACUUGAAACAGAU